GACGACCCUGACAGCAAACCCCUGUCUGCAUAUGGUCUAGAACCUGAAGGUUUGGCAUCACUGAAUUAAAGAGAGACUGCCAGGAGUGUUGUGUAGCAUCCAGCCUUCGUGAAGAUGCUUUUGUAGUGUGCAGCAUUUUGCAAAGACAGAUGGUUGCUGAAUUUGAUGUUGUACACAAUUUAUGAAGUCGGCCAUAAUUAAGCACUUUACAAAAAUGGACACAAAAGCACCUGAGUUGAUUUGUCAGAGGGUGCACAAGGAUGAGAAACCAUUCGUUUGUGCGACCUGUGGUAAAGCGUAUAAUCAACAAUGUAGUCUACGAAGGCACGAAAUGAUGCACAUGGAUGAGAAACCAUCAUUCGUUUGUGCAACCUGUGGUAAAGGCUUUAAACAACAAAGUAGUCUACGAACGCAUGAAAUGAUACACACGGGUGAGAAACCAUUCGUUUGUGAGACCUGUGGUAAAGCCUUUACCACUCAAGGUAAUCUUCAACAACAUAACAUGGUUCACACUGGUGAGAAACCUUUCGUUUGUGCAACCUGUGGUAAAGCCUUUACUCAGCAAAAUGGACUACACCAACACAGCAAGAUGCACAUGGAUGAGAAACCAUUCGUUUGUGCAACCUGUGGUAAAGCCUUUAAUCAUCAAAGAAGUCUACGAAGGCAUGAAAUGAUACACACGGGUGAGAAACCAUUCGUUUGUGAGACCUGUGGUAAAGCCUUUACAACACAGACACAUCUUCAACGACACACGAGGAUUCACACAGGCGAGAAACCAUUCAUUUGUGCAACCUGUGGUAAAGCCUUUAACCAACCAAGAAGUCUGCAAAGGCAUGAAAUGAUUCACACGGGUGAGAAACCAUUCGUUUGUGAGACAUGUGGUAAAGCCUUUUCUACACAAACACAUCUUCAACGGCACACGAGGAUUCACACAGGUGAAAAACCAUUCGUCUGUGCAACCUGUGGUAAAGCCUAUAACUGGCGAUAUGAUCUACACACACAUCUAAGGUUACACACGGGUGAGAAACCAUUCGUUUGUGAGACCUGUGGCAAAGCCUUUACAUCACAAGCACAUCUUCAACGACACACGAGGAUUCACACAGUUGAAAAACCAUUCGUUUGUGACACAUGUGGUAUGGCCUUUACCACACGAGAAUAUCUUCAACAACAUAACACGGUUCACAUCAUUGAAAAACCAUUUGUUUGUGCAACCUGUGGCAAAUCCUUUAUGACAGAAGGUAGUCUUCAAGGACAUGCCAUGUUUCACACUGGUGAGAAACCUUUCGUUUGUGCAACCUGUGGUAAAGCCUUUACUCAGCAAAAAGGACUACGUCAACAUAGCAAGAUGCACAUGGAUGAGAAACCAUUCGUGUGUGAAUACUGUGGUAAAGGUUUUACUCUACAAAAUCGUCUUCUGAGACACGAAAUGAUUCACACUGGUGAGAAACCCUUUGUUUGCCUGACCUGUUGCAAAGCCUUUUCCAGACAGUCUUGUCUAAUCCAACAUGGCAGGGUGCACAGUAGCGAGAAACCAUAUGUUUGUGUGACCUGUGGUAAAGCAUAUGCUCACAAAUGGGUUUUACGCCAACAUAGCAAGAUUCACACUGAUGAGAAACCGUUCACAUGUGCAACCUGCGGCAAAGCUUUUACUUGGCAAACCUGUCUUCGCCAACAUGAGAGGAUUCACACAGGGGAGAAACCAUUUGUUUGUGUGACCUGUGGUAAAGCUUUUCCUCGGAAAAGUGAACUCCGCAGACAUGACAGGGUUCACACUGGUGAGAAAAGAGUCCCAACAACAUUCCCUAAAGAUAACGAAGUCCACACAUAACCAUAAAUCUGGUUGUGAAACUUUUGGUACACAUUCACAUAGUAAACUAU